UGUGUGUGAACCGAAGCCCAACCCACGGCCACUUCACCCGCGACACGAGCUCACUCAGACGCCGAACAGGUGGUCCAGUCCCACCUGAGGAGCACAACAUGAGGAUUUAUCCCGCUUUUUUACCUGUAUGGAUAUAAUGUUGCCGUCGCUAACUGAUUCUUCCUGAAGAGUUCAACACUUUACGCGCUUCCCUGUGGAGUCUCUGGGAAUAUCGGGCGAAUAUGAAAGUGACAGUGUGUUUUGGAAGGACCCGGGUGGUCGUUCCCUGUGGGGAUGGGAAUAUCAAAAUACACAGUCUUAUUCAGCAAGCGACAAUGAGAUAUAAAAAAGCCAUAGCCAAGGACCCGGGCUACUGGAUACAGGUCCAUCGGUUAGAACAUGGAGACGGGGGGAUUUUGGACCUGGAUGACGUGCUGUGUGAUGUAGCCGACGACAAAGACCAGCUGGUGGUGGUGUAUGAGGAGCAGGAUCCUCAUCAUGGAGGCGACGGCACCAGCGCCAGCUCCACGGGAACCCAGAGUCCCGAACUCUUCAACACGACCGAGCUCAACUCCAGCAACCUGUCCGCCUUCCAGCCCUACCAGACCAGCAGCGAGAUCGAGGUCACGCCAUCAGCCCUGCGGACCAACAUGCCCUUGCAUGUGCGGCGUAGCAGUGAUCCAACCCUGGUCGGUCUUCCCGAAGCCCAGCUUCAGCCAGAGGAACCGUCUCGUAAGAAUCCCACACGCUGGUCCACCACGGCAGGGUUCAUGAAAGCCAACGCCACCAGCAGAACCAGUAGUCUAGAGCAAAAGGCUAAGGAUCUGGAAGCGUACCGCAGCCUGCCUCGGGAUGGCGUCCCCUGGGCGUCUCAGUUUCACAGGGAAAACGCCCGCUCUUCCCUCAGUGCCAACCAUCCCAUGGUGGACCAGUGGCUGGAGCGCCAAGAACAGGAAGAAGAAGAAGAAGACGAGGAGAGAGCGGACAACGGGAAGAACGGAAGGAUAGAACCGGUGGGACGGGCAGAUUCCUGUGUUGAAUCCGCUUCACUCGAUGAAAUGGUAAAGCCGGUUGAGGUGUCCAAUGGCGGCGGGCCCCUAGGAAUCCACGUGGUGCCUUUCAGUGGCAGAGACAGAAGGACUCUGGGUUUGUUAGUGAAGAGGUUGGAGAGAGGCGGAAAGGCGGAGCGGGAAUCUCUCUUCCAGGAGAACGACUGUAUCGUCAGGAUUAAUAACGGAGACCUGCGCAACAUCCGAUUUGAACAGGCCCAGAAUUUGUUCAGACAGGCGAUGCGUUCUCCAUUCAUCCUGUUCCAUGUAGUUCCAGCGGCGAAGAAAGCCCAGUACGAGCUGCUGUCUCAGAAUGAACUGGGCCUUCAGACUGGUUCUGGUUCUGUUUCUGGAGACAGAGGUAGUCUGUUGGGAGGAGGCGUGGACUACAGCCCGCGGAGACUGUCCAAAGCGGAUUCGACCCGGAGCUAUCCCACGCUACCACACACAGCCAACUCUUCCAACAUGAGCCCGCCGGGCCCGGCCCGAACCUCCAGGCCCACCAGCGCCACUUCCUCCGUGGGAUACUCCAAAAAGAUCGGCCGCAAGUUCAACGUCCAGCUGAGGAAAGGUCCGGAGGGCUUGGGUUUUAGCAUCACCUCCAGAGACGUGCCCAUCGGCAGUUCGGCCCCCAUAUAUGUGAAGAAUAUCCUCCCCCGUGGAGCCGCCAUCCAGGACGGGCGUCUGAAAGCUGGAGACCGGCUGCUCGAGGUGAAUGGAGUGGAUCUGAAUGGUAAGACUCAGGAGGAGGUCGUGGCUCUGUUGCGCUCGACUCCCAUGGGAGGCACUGUAGGUCUUCUCAUCGUCAGACAAGAGGACGCUUUCCUGCCCCGCGAAGUGAAAGAAGAACAGUAUGACACAAUAUUGACUCCGGAUGGAAUGAGAGAGUUUUUGACCUUUGAAAUCCCUCUGAAUGACUCGGGCUCGGCGGGGUUAGGGGUCAGCGUCAAGGGCAACAGGUCUAAAGAGAACCACGCUGACCUGGGCAUAUUCGUCAAGUCUAUAAUCACCGGCGGAGCCGCUUGCAAGGAUGGGCGGCUGAGGGUGAAUGACCAGCUGAUAGCAGUUAAUGGAGAGUCUCUACUGGAAAAGACCAAUCAGGAAGCGAUGGAGACCCUCCGCAAGUCCAUGUCCGUCGAGGGCAACAAGAGAGGCAUGAUUCAGCUGAUCGUUGCCCGACGGCUCGCAGGGAGAGGAGAGGAGUCUCCGAGCAGCCCGACUGUGUCUCUGAACUCUCCACGAGAUGAACAUGAGCGGCGGAUCUCUCAGUCGCUUUAUCCCGGAGAGAGCCAGGGUGACCAGCACACCCCACGACACGCCAUGAUGGGGAGAUUGAUGGGUAACUUCCAGCUGUCCCCCACUGUGAAUAUGCCCCAGGAUGACACCGUCAUCAUUGAAGAUGAUAGGCCACCUCUUCUUCCUGCCCACUUGUCUGACCAAUCAUCAUCGAGCUCCCACGAAGACAUGGGGUUUGUGACAGAAAUGCCAGAAUCCUGGCCCAAAGAUGUCCAGAUACAGGAUGAAAGCUCUCUCAGUCCCGACGCAGACGUGGAUGUCCAGUUCCAGAGGGAAGGCUUCGCCCGGCAGAGCAUGUCGGAGAAGAGGACCAAACAGUUCGACGAUGCUUCUCAACUGGACAUUAUCAAGAGCCGCAAGUCCAAGAGUAUGGACCUAGUAGCCGACGAGUUUAACCCCACUCCCCGCAAAGAGAGGACUGAAGGCAACUCCACGCGAGACGUGGGACCGUCGUUGGGUUUGAAGAAGUCCAGUUCCUUGGAGAGCCUCCAGACAGCUGUUGCGGAGGUGACGCUCAACGGGGACGUCCCGUUCCACAGGCCUCGUCCCAGGAUCAUCAGGGGAAGGGGUUGCAACGAGAGCUUCAGGGCGGCCAUCGACAAAUCGUACGACAAACCAGGUGUGGCCAUAGUCAACCCCGACGAAGAUGACGAAGGUAUGGAGACGUGUUUGGCAAAAACCGCAAAGACGAGAGGCAAGGAGACAAGAUGGAGCGGAAGGGGUCCGGCAAGAGCAAGAUGGAGGAGACUCAGGCCACCGACGAGGAGAUGCGGAGAAUGAGGCUAGAACAGGAGAGAAUUCAAGCGAAGACGAGGGAGCUCCGAGAGCGACAGGCCAGAGAACGAGACUACGCUGAGAUCCUGGACUUCAACCGAACCUUCAGCUCAGACGAGGAGCACACGUACGCUGGCAUCGGCUCUCUGGACUCGUCUCUGGACAGCAGUCUGGAUCUGAGCCAUAACCCCGGUCAGGAGCGUCCUCAGAGUCCUCGGGACCUGCCCGUGCCCAUCGAGGCGCUUUACGCUCAGGUCAACAAGCCCCGCAACGGACGCCAACCCUCCACAGACAGCAACAGACUGGCGCCUAGCAACCAUGACCGGAUACACCGGCUACGGCAAGAGUUCCAGCAGACCAAGCACGAGGAGGAACCUGAUGACCGCCGUCGAUCCUACAGCUUUCAACAGCAACAGAGGGCCAACACAGGCUCUUACACACCGACGGGGCGGCAUUCGGUUUCUGUGGAGGUGCAAAUGCAGAAACAGAGGGAGGACUCUUUUACUCAAGCCCAGAGGCAAUACAACUCCUUACCGCGACAACCACGUAAAAACCCUAGCACCGUGUCUCAAGACUCUUGGGAUAAAGUCUAUCCUCCCGGCAAUGUCUUUCAGACCGCCAAAGAAAACCCGCGCUACUCCAGCUACCAGGGAUCCCGCACUGCCAAUGGCUACCUGGGCGCCGCCACCACGGGCAUGAACGCUCGCGUACUCCUGGAGACCCAAGAGCUCCUGAGACAGGAACAGAGACGAAAGGAGCAAGAGGCGAAAACCAAGCUGCCUACGAUGGAGGAAACACCGGCCCCAAUCCAAACCCCAGUCCCUACACCACCCAAAGGUCCCUACCGACAAGAUGUGCCACCAUCGCCCACCCAACUCGCCCGGCUUAACCGUCUACAGACCCCUGAGAAGGGCCGUCCCUUCUACUCUUGAGACGAGAGAUCAAAACUGUAGGAAAAACUGUAUUACGGCAAUAACGUUGAAUGGAAAGAGACAUAAUAUGGAGACUGAUGGAGGAUUCUGAGUAAUUGGUUUUGGAUGUUUUUUUUCCGAUUUGUUUUUCCGUUCUCUAGUAUGUACACACUGAAAAUCUUUAUGGAA